CCCAGCAUUCAGCGACACCUGACAAUUAACUGAGCGACGGAAAAACCCAAGUUUCAACAGAUUUCAAUAAUCAACUCAACUAAUACUGGACGAAAACAUACGAGCUGCGUGGGGAAAACCCAGUACGAGAGGAUUUGGAGUAAUUUAUAUACUUAGGAGCAUAAUUACGGAGUCUACGAAGCAGAAAUGAGAAACAUGUGUUAUCUACAGUUACGAUUACAGAUCGCUUUAUUGGGCGUUUUGCUGAUAAUUAAACACACCGGCAGUCGGCCAGUAGCGGAUAUCGAAACGGAAAUCGUGUUAGAUGAUCUCUUCGAAAUGGGCACCGGUUUCUAUGUAUUCAACACAACGAAUGGACAAACAAGCGAUGAUGAGAUCAUAUGCCCCGAACGCUUGAAAGGGCAGACAUUUUGUACGGAGGUCACCAAUUACUUGGAGGCAACACAAUUGAAUAAAUUCAAAACAGAAGAAUUUGAAAAGUUCAAAUCUUAUUUCAAAGAUGAUUUCGUACAACCAAUAAGUUUGGCGAGUCGCAUGAGCGAAGAUGCGGAUGAGACGUAUUUUUGCAAUAGUAAAGCACGUUUGGUCUAUCCGAAGGUAGCCGAGACGGUGGAAUCGAAAUGGCUGAUGGUGGUGCAGCACGAACAGUACAAACAAGGUGUGCUGGUGGAGCAAUGCGAAAAUGAAGAUGCGCCUUGCAAAUUCGACGAUCUCCUGCCAUUCGGCGUGAAGUCGCGAUGUAAGCAACAUUUUGUCUAUAGAAGUUUGGUGGUGCUGGUGGAUGGCGUCAUGCAGGAGCGCAUGGUGCGACUGCCCAAUGCGUGUAAAUGUGCGCUGCGCGAUAUGAGAACGAGUUGAUGGAGUGGGGGGAUUGUUUAUUUAUUAAUUAUUGUUCGUUGAAUAAUUCCAAGAAUUAUUUGUACAGUCAUGUGGUAGCAUAUAUUAAUAAGAAAUUCAUAGAAUGUUCAGUUAAGAUAUUAAAUAAAUUAAAUCAUUUACAAAUGCAAUAU